GUGAAUAAUACCAACCAAAAAAGUCUCCCCCACACAGCCUCUGGUCUCAUCCUCAACCGCGGAUUUCUGUAUUGUUCCACACACUUUAUAUAUAUCUUCAACACUUCACCAUUUCCAUAUAUACUAACUCAAGCUUGUAAGCAGCACAUCUUUCAUUGGUAUUUUUUUUGGCUUUUCAAAUAAUUUAUUUAUUCUUGUUUGGUGGAUCCUUUAUUCUUCACUUAAAUUACACCAUUAAAUUUAAUCAUUAAACGCUUCAACCUUCCAAUUCCAUUUUGUCAGAUUCUUUUUUGUGUAUGGUUGUACUAAGAAUUUAUAAGAAUAUAAAGUUAAUUCUAUACCAAACAAGAUUUCUUCUGGUUCUUCUUUAGGUCUUCUACUGUGUCAUACUUAUCUCCAUUUUUUUCUCUCUCCUUACCACAAUUCGUUAAAUUUUUGAGCUUGGGGGAAAUUUUUUAUUGAUUUUUAGUUCUGGGUUUUGGAUUAUUUGAUUAAACAAUCCAACCCCAUGAAUAAAUUCCCCAAUUUUAUAAUUUUGAGGGGAAAUUGGGUGAUAAAGUUGUGAUCUUUGUUGAAAAUAAUUUCUGAAUUUUGCUUAAUUUAUUGGGAAUUGGGUUGAAAUGGGAUUAAUUGAAGCAAUUUGGGGAAUAUUUGAUCUGCCCACAUCAAUUAGAAGUGGAUUAAUGGUGGAUAUUAUGUUUUUUAUUGCUCCAAUUUGGACUGCUUUUCUGGUCGGUCUUAUAAUUGGAUGGGUAUGGAGACCAAGGUGGUGGGAAAGUUUGGACAAAAACAAGUUUGAAUCUUUAAUGUCCAAAUUUGUGGAAUUUUUAUCUCCUUCUUCUCCGUCAAAAGUGCUUCCUUCUAUUCAAAGCUUCACUCCUUUUACCAUGAAAUUCUCAAAUUCUAAAGGAGAAUCAAUUGGUGAGGAUAUUAGUUCAAAUAAUGAGAUAUUGGCUUUGAAACCCACUUUUGUUGACUCCAAUUUCAGGUCAUCACAGAUAAAAGGCAAGGAAAAUCCUGCUGUGGAUAAUGAUGAUAUGGUGCAUCUUUUUAAGCUUGUUGAGGAGAAAGAUGGAGGUCCUUCGUGGAUACAAAUGAUGGAUCGCUCCACCCCAACCAUGAACUAUCGAGCUUGGCGGAGAGACCCCGAGACCGGUCCACCUCAGUAUCGUAGUAGUACAAUUUUUGAAGAUGCAACACCCGAGAUGGUAAGAGACUUCUUUUGGGAUGAUAAAUUUCGACCAUCGUUUGACCCCAUGCUCAUAAAUUCUAAAACACUUGAAGAGUCUCGUACUACUGGAACCAUGGUAGUGCAAUGGGUUCGCAAGUUUCCGUUCUUCUGCAGUGACCGAGAGUACAUAAUUGGCCGUAGGAUAUGGGAGUGUGAAAGAACAUUUUACUGCGUGACAAAGGGAAUACCUAAUUCCGUGCCUCGAAAGGACAAGCCGAGACGCGUGGAUCUGUAUUAUUCAAGUUGGUGUAUUCGCCCAGCGGAAUCUAGGAGAACGGGUGAGAUGACAGCAGUUGAAGUGCUCCUUUUUCAUCACGAAGACAUGGGUAUUCCAUGGGAAAUAGCUAAACUUGGUGUACGACAAGGGAUGUGGGGAGCCGUCAAAAAAAUCGACCCUGGUCUACGAAUUUACCAGAAAGCAAGAGCUGGCGAUGCACCCCUCUCACCCCAAGCCGAAAUGGCCCAUAUCACCACGAAAGUAGACUCACAAUAUUUGACAGCUUUGUUGAACGGGGAUGAUCAGUCUGUGACCGAAGUUUCAACGCCCCAAGAGAAGCAGCAAGGAGGGAUGAACGUCUCAAAGCUCCUCAUAUUUGGCGGGGCAGCUGCCCUUGCUUGUAGUCUCGACAAAGGGCUUCUAACAAAAGCCGUUAUCUUUGGAGUUGCACGAAGACUUGGAAGAAUGGGCGGUAAAUUUAACUAAUUUGAGGCGCCCUAAUUGAGGUAGAUUCGACAUUCCUGUAUCAUGUAGUCGUAAAUAACCUUUGUGUCACCUACGCAGGAAGGCGAUCCCAGUCACCCGUCCAUCCCUUCUCCCCCCCUUAAAUAAUAAAUUCAGAAACAAAGAAGUUUUGCAUGUGUAACCAGUAGCUUGAAGCUACAAACAUUGUACUUGAUGAAAGUAAAAUAUCAAAUUGUAUAUUUUCAGAAA